CCACUGUGGGCAGAAGGGAGAUGGUAAUGAAUAGAUGAAACAACGAGGUAAGGCAAGGCAAGCGGCAACCUGAUCACCAGCUCCUCCUCCUCCUCAACCUCAGGUUCUUUCUUGGCUUGGAGGACAGUGGGAGGGCAGACGAGAAGAGCCGAGAAGAAGAAAAAAAUGUCUCAGAAGCAGAUGAAGGAAGCUUUUGUCAGUAAUCACAAUGGAACCAGCGUGCUGGAAAUCACCCAGGGCUUGUGCUUGCCUGUACUGUGUGUCCUGUGCAGAGGGCUCCUGCUCGUUCUCUCACAGCACUUGUUUUCUUCACAUACCUGGGGAACUAGAUUCUUCAUUGACUUUGUUAUCCUAAUAGUUCCCCUGGUGGCCACUCUGACCAUUUUGUCUUCAUUUAUCCUCCUUGAGCACCUUGCUGCAAUCAUCUUGGGGGCAGGACUGUUCUAUCAAAUAUAUUGCAGGAGAACUUGCUGCGCCAGAAUGCCUGUCCAGAAAAUCCUUCAAAAAUUCUUGAAAAUCAGUCUAGAAUCAGAUUACAUUCCAGCCAUCUCUUGCUUUCGUGUAAUUAACAGUGCUUUUACUGCUAUUGCCAUUUUGGCUGUGGACUUCCCACUUUUUCCCAGAAGAUUUGCCAAAACUGAGCUCUAUGGGACAGGAGCAAUGGAUUUUGGAGUAGGAGGCUUUGUUUUUGGGACUGCAGUGGUUUGUCCAGAGGUUAGGAGAAAAUACACAAAAGGGUCCAGAUUUUAUCAUCUUACAAAGUCAUUGUAUUCUGUUUGGCCAUUAGCCUUCUUAGGAAUAGGACGAUUAGUCAUUAUAAAAUCCAUAGGCUAUCAGGAACAUUUAACUGAGUAUGGAGUUCACUGGAACUUUUUCUUUACCUUAAUAGUUGUGAAAUUGAUAACAUCACUGCUUUUGAUUAUUUUUCCCCUAAAUAAAUCCUGGAUUGUGGCCAUCAGCAUUACUGUAUUAUACCAGCUAGCCCUUGACUUUACCCCACUGAAAAAGUUAAUUUUGUAUGGCACUGAUGGCAGUGGCACAAGGGUUGGUUUAUUAAAUGCCAACCGAGAAGGAAUAAUCUCUACCUUGGGGUAUGUGGCAAUAUACAUGGCUGGUGUGCAAACAGGAGCAUAUGUGCUUAAAAAAAGAUCACAUAUCAAAGACUGGAUAAAAGUAGCAUAUUGUAUUCUACUGACAGCUAUUAGCCUCUUCAUAUCUCUGUACAUAGUUCAGGUAAAUGUAGAAGUAGCAUCUCGAAGAAUGGCCAAUCUAGCCUUUUGUAUUUGGAUAGUUGCUUCUAGCCUGAUCCUUGUUAGUAGUUUAUUACUGGGUGAUAUAAUUUUGAGUUUUGCCAAAUUUCUAAUUAAAGGGGCUCAAGUACCAUGUUCUUGGAAACUUAUCCAGUCACCUGCUACAAAUAAAAAGCAUUCAGAAUCUCUAGUCUCUGAAGCUGAAAGAAAGGAACCCAGUCUUUGUUUAAUCACAGCUAUGAACAGAAACCAGUUAAUUUUUUUCUUGCUGUCAAAUAUAACAACUGGCCUGGUCAACCUGUUGGUAGAUACAUUACACAGCAGUACCUUGUGGGCCUUAUUUGUGCUCAAUCUCUAUAUGUUUGCCAAUUGUUUAGUUAUAUAUGUGCUACACUUGCAAGAUAAGACUAUAAAAUUUUGGUGAUCAAUAGGGGUAGUGUGUGUGAGCAAUAUUAUUUUAGUAAGGAAGAGUAAAUACUGAAUGUGAAAAAAAUGGGCUUUUGGCAACUCAGUAUCAACUCUAUAAGAGUUUCAAUCCUUCUCUAUAACAGUGAUGCUCAAUAUUUUAACGUAUCUCAAUACUAUAUAAAACAAACCAAUCGAGAAGAAAAAGAGCCUUGCAACUUGUUAGAUAUUUAUUAAAAGUAUUUUAAAGAAAGUUGUUUAUAGUUGUGACACUGGAAGAUUGGAGGGUGGGGAGGGGAUUUUUACUUUACAUCUUAUGUCACUUUACACCAUUCUGUAUUUUUUUGUAUGUAUUACUUUUAUAAUAGAGAAUUUAUGUUAAAACACCUCAGUGUGAA